AUGCGCCUCAGCCGCGCGCUCGUGCGUCGUAUGGAGCCGAGCCUCUAUACACACGUAUGGCUCGAGCCGUGGUCCUCGCGCGCCGACCACGCGGCCGUGUUCUUCUUCCCCGACUCUGAGCGCGUCCGCAUCCCCGGUCUGGCACUACACGCGUGCCGUGGACAUGCAUAUGGACCAAUCCCGGGACGGAGCGUGGCGCAUCCUGUUCGCGUCGGGUGCGCCAUCGCGGGCUGUCUCGCCCGUGCCGUGCUGCGGCGGCUCGACACGCGCACCAUCGGCCCGGCGCACCAUGCCUUGAGCCGAUGGCGCCCACACACGUCCGGUCCCCCGCCUACCGUCGAGGAGGUGCUGCGCCUCCGCAACCCGCCCCGCCUCGAUAUUCCCACCGAGGUGUCGUUCUACCACCUCUCGUCGCUCGCCCACGACGCCAUGGCGGGCCCGCCAGGAGGUUCGAGUGUCCGCAGUAUGAGCGCUGGCUGGUGCCUGGCGGUCAGCGUGUUCUAUCUCGACCCUGCCUGCUCGAGGCACCGCAACGUCCCGAUACCGUAUACCGUGACGGCCGCAGCCACACAGCUCGUCCUCUUCCUUCCCUCGACUCGUGGCCCCUGGAAGACUUGCCCCGUAGCCGCCAAACCGGCCUACGACUGUCCCCUUGGCGUGUUGAAUCGUAUCGUCACGUCACUCGCAGCGACAUCCAGCACACAGGUAGCUAAAAAGGUGUGUAUCGGGCCCAUGGAGCAUCUCGACAACGACAUGCUCAACCUGAGCCACCUCGACGACGACGUGACGCUCGAUAAGCGCAACGACGUCAUCCGCGCUAUGAUACACAGCAUGCUCCCUUCCGAGCCUUGGGCAUACAUGUUUGUCCAGCGCAUCACGUUCCUCAACCUCCGUGAGAUGAAAGCGACGGUGGGGCACGAGGUGUGGGACUGGGUGACUGUGUCUCCGGGGGCUCUCCUUACGGACUAG